AUGGCUCAAGCCAGACAGGAAUUCAUUCGCCAAGCCGAAGAAUUAGAAGCACGAGCUGCUAAGGAAAUGAGCCUUUUAAGAAAAAAGAUGGACACUAGUAGACGCGUUGAUGUACAUGCAACCGAAGAACGUAAAAAUUUGCAUAUACAGAGUCUGGAAGCCAAUCAUGAAAAGGCUUUUGCUGACAUGAAAAGUUAUUAUAAUGAUAUAACUAUUGGUAAUGUCAAUGUAAUAAAGACUUUGCGUGACAAUAUCGAAGAACUUCGUAGCAAUCUAACACGUGUUCAACGUCUUCUUGACGAGUCGCAUUCCGAAGAAAUGCGCAAAACACAAGCCUUAUCUGCUGCUGAAAAUGAAAUGGCACAGCUGCGAAAGAUCUCAAAAAUGUAUGAAAGUGAAAAAUCAGCGCAUAAAACAACUCAAGAUUCAAAAAGCCGAUUAAUGGCAGAGGUUCGUGGAUUGAAGCUAAAUCUUGAUAUUCUUCAGGCCAAAUACAGUGAGGUGAGACCUAUAGAUCACCAAGAUCUUUGA